CUCCGACCACAACCGCCGCGAGCGACGACCACAACACCAACGAUGUCUGACUCCGACUCCGAAUCGGUGCUGUCUUCAGCGCCGCCCACAGAGGAUGAAAUGCCCGUAGACUCUGCGCCUGCAAAAGCCCCGAAGGCUGCAUCUCAAAGGAAGAAAAAGAGCGGCACUAUCUUGUCCUUCUUCAACAAACGGUCGCCGUCACCACCACCGAGGCAGCGUGCAGCGUCGCCGCCCCACGAAUAUGUUCCAGAAGACAAUCCAGACAUUGCUUUCAUAGUAAUGUUCCGAUCGCGAUUCAACGAAGCCUUCCCCCGUAAUGCGCCCCAUGUUGGGCCCCAGGACAUCGAGCUGGGCGUCGCAGAGGGCACACCGUCACCGGACGUUGAAGGCCUGCUGUGCGCUCUGCUCGGCCUGGUGCUGAAUCGCAAGAAGCCUGUUGAAAAAGGCCACUAUGGCCGCGCUCUCGAGGAAGCAAUCCAGACACAGAAAUCGCAGUGGCCAGCCAAAUGGGGCACUCAGAAUCCUCUCAGCGGCAGUCGCUCUUUCAACAGCAUGGCACCGACAGAGCGUAUCACCCUCCUCCACACCCUCUGCCUCUGGAGUCUGAACCAGAGCGAAGAAGUCAAGGCGAUGAUCGCGCAAGCCUACAAAUUCCGAACAACAAAGGACAAGCUCGACACGAACAUCCCUCUGUCGGUGCAACCGUGGGGCCGCGACGGAGAGAAGCGCCGCUACUGGCUGAUCGAGGGGCAAAACGACACGCACUUUCGUGUCUACCGCGAGGGAAAGCCACACACACCUAAGGCGACAUGGUGGAGCGUUGCCGAGUCCAUUGAUGAGCUCAAAGCGCUGGCAAAGGUGCUGGAAGAGGAGGAUGGUCACAGGGAGGCCAAGACGCUCAGCGAGCGCAUGAGCAAUGCUGUCCCACGCUUCGAGGCCUCGGAGGUGAAACGCAAACGACGCGAGUACCGUGUCAACCGCACCGUAGCCUUCACACGGCCCGAUCCUGGCUUCUCGCUCUACGAAGGUCGCACGCGCGGCAAACGGCUACGAUACACGUUCGACGAAGGAGACGACUUCGAUUCGGACGAUGCCCCCGUGCGCCGAUCAGGUCGGCAGUUUGGGCGAGACUCGUCGCCCUUACACUCGGGGCCCACUGUCACUGCCAGCGGUCGACAGGUGAGGUCGCGUGCGACAGGCACAUACGGCGAGACACUUCACAGCGGCCAAACAACAGACCGCGUGUCGCCAGCCAAUGGAGACUACGCCCGGUCUGAUGUCUCUGAAGACCCCGGGCAGGGUCGCUCGACACGCGCUGGCAAUCGGUCGCACUUGAAUCGCGAGAUGGAGUCGGAGGGAGACGACGACGCUACAUCCUGGGACGGUGGCGACGAGGACGAAGACGAGCCUGAGCAGAUGGACCUCGACGACGAUGAUGACGCCGAUCAGUCUUCGGAGAGCGAGGCGGAACCGCAGAGUCUCGUGGUCACCCUGCGAUAUGGGAGGAAGCCAGCCGGUCCAGGCAGCGAUACGAAACCUGACGCUGCGUCACUCAACGGCGCAGGGCAGCACGACGAUGUAUCCAUGGCAGACGCUGGGGUGGUAGUGCAACGCGCGGCUCCUGUUGCAGCAGCACCUUCGGCACCCGCGGCUCCUGUUGCAGCACUCGAACCUCCGGCGCCCGCACCGGCACCACUACCGCCCAUCAUCCCCACCGCCAUUCCAAAUGGGUUUUCAGCUCAGCAACCUGUAGUAGUGGAUGGGUUCUUCUCGGCGCCCACGCGGGCAUACGGCGCGGGUGAAGAGGUUGGCAAGCAAGAGUCAGAGCAGUACCACCAGGUGCAGGCACAGCAAGGACCGUUUGCGGCUCACACGGUGCCUGCACAGGCGCCGAACUGGCGGUAGAAGCACGCGACGGUGGAGGGAUUGUUGUUGGCGACUUUGCUUGGCGUGUGGACUGGAUGUAUUGCGAGAGCCACAAAGCAGACAAUACUAGUCAAUACACGAAAACGCAAUAUAAGACAAGUCAAGACAUGACGAUGCAAUACUAGUCAAGAGAAUACAAUAUAAUACUAGUCAAGACAAUACAUUAUGAUACAAUACUAUGCAGACAAGACGGUGCAGACAAGACGGUGCAGACAAGACGGUGCAGGCAAGACGGUGCAGACAAGACGGUGCAGACAAGACGGUGCAGACAAGACGGUACAAACUGCCUGGCAUGUAGCUGACAAGACUACUCGGGCAUGGCGCCGGGCAUGCCAGGCUGGCCGCUGUAGUGUCCGCGGCCACGCCACCGGGUACCAUCAGCAUGCUCGGGCGCAGGCGGGACAGCGACAUGGUCGUCUGGCACAUCUAGCUCG